UUCCCCCAAAUUUUAACGUCGACGAGGGUUCCGUCAUAGCCCUAAUCUUCGCCGGCCGACGACGAGAAUCACAUAGCCGGAUAAUUGCUUGGCUGACCGGAAAUAUCUAAAAUUGAAUAAAAGGUCUGUAUAAAGAUGUUCGCGUUAAGUGCAAGUGUGAUCCCUAGCUCUACCUCCCAACUAGCAAAGUCAGAAUUACAAAGAGUGACCUCGAGUAAGUGUAUUGGUCUCAGUUCUUCGCCACUCAGACCAAUCAGCAUACAGCCUUCAAAAUAUGGAGUGCAAAAGCGUAUAUCAAAAAGGAAGUCUUCUGCUUUUAUAUGUGCUUCAGCAUUGAAUGCUAGAAUGGGUGCAGAGCAGACUCAGACUGUAACACGUCAGUCAUCAACAAUUACCAUUGCUCCUGUUCAAGGGAAAGAGAAGUCUCCGGACCUCGAUGAUGGAGGGACUGGACUACCACCACGUGAUGAUGAUGGAGGUGGCGGUGGUGGAGGUGGAGGAGGUGGGUGGUCAUCUGGCGGUUUCUUCUUUUUCGGGUUUCUUGCAUUUCUAGGAUUCUUAAAAGAUCAAGAAAAGGAGGGGGCUUACGGGGAUGGCAGGUGAAGAUGCAUAUAGAUUCUUCAGUAACAGUCAAAUAUGAAUCGAGAUUAUAUGCAAGUAGUUAGCCCCGGUGAUGGUCUAAAUGAAAGAUUUGAUAUUAAAACCGUAGUAAUUCCAUGUUGUGAACUAUUACGAUUAUCAGGAGAUAUCAAGGCACACUGUAACUACUUGUUAUUUUGAAUAAUUUACCUAUACUAUUUACAUUGCCACUUGUAGCAA